AUGUCGGCGAGCGACAAAGACCAUGCUUCCUACUACGACAAUGGAGGCCCAAUUGGAGUCGACCACCUGCACCCCAACGAGAACCCGGACGUUGCACUGCAGCGAAUCAGGACUGCGGGCAGCGUUUCCAUACCGCCUGAGCUGUUCGAAAAGCUUUAUCUCUCGCCAGAGAGCAAGGUAAAAGGCGAUUUGCGCAAGACCUUUGGCAAUCCAACACCAAUUGGCUUGGGCGGCUUCUUACUGUCUCUAUCUCCACUGUCUUGUUUCCUCAUGAACUGGCGCGGUACUGGUGCCGGCCUUGGUGCUUCAGACAUCUCGGUCUUCUUGUUCUUCGGUGGUGUCUUGAUGUUAGUAUCAGGGGCGAUGGAGUGGAUUCUGGGAAACACCUACAUCAGCGUGGUCUUCAUGACAUUCGGCAGCUUCUGGCUCAGCUACGGAGGCGUCCUGCAACCAUUCUACGGUGCUUAUGCUGCUUAUUCCCCCGAGCCCGUCACUGCACCCCAAGAGGGACUUCAUGAAGCCGGGUUCGUAAACUCGUGGGCAUUCUUCCUCCUGUUUAUGGGCCUGCUCUGCCUCGUCUAUCUCGUUUGCUCCUUGAGGACCAACCUGAUUCUGUUUAUGAUCCUCCUCCCCCUCCCACCUGCCUUCAGCUGUCUUGCAGCGGCCUUCUGGUAUAACGGCCAAGGAGAAAUGGCCUAUGCGAUGGCACUGCAGAAGGCCGGGGGAGCGCUUGCAUUUGUUACCUGCAUGUUUGGCUGGUACCUUUUCAGUGCCUUGAUGCUAGCAUCGAUCGACGCUCCGUUUGCUCUGCCCGUGUUCGAUCUGUCGACGAAGAUCAAGGGAGCGAGUCAAAGGGAAAAACCGCGAGAUCUGGAGGGGUAA